GUAGAUCAUCGCAGUACUGUCAAAUAUCGUGUAAACAAUUUACUUCACUAUCAUUGUGGACUUGGGUGGACAAAAAUGGACGCGUCUAGAUCACAUGACAUUUUUGUCCUUCCUUCCGCCCGAUGCUAGCCAGUCGCUGUGGUGCAAUAUUUUCCAGCGCAACCAGAUCAUGUACAUCCGUUCUGGCCAGGUCACUUACGACCGCGACGAUACCCCCUCCUCGAGCGUCGGUCAAAACGCCUGAGGAAUUCCUCAAGAGCAUUGGGCGCUCCAUGGAAACGAAAUUUUCUGCGGAAAGCUGGGAAGAACUCUGGACAAAGACAGGUGCCGAUUUGAAGGAGGCUGGGUUGGCUGUACGAGACCGUCGAUAUAUGCUUUGGUGCAUGGGCAAGUAUAGAAGGGGGUUUCCUUUCGAAGAAUUUGUGCAUGAACCACCACCGAAAAAGACAGUCCGAGGGUGGGGGCCUUCGGUACAAAAUGGCAAGCGUAUACGAUCGAGGGUCCACCAGGACAAAAGUAAAAAGAAGCGGAAAUCAUAGGUUGCUAAGCCAGUGUUACUCGAAUUUACUUUUUUCUGCGUGGAUAUAACACUUGUGCAAGGGAUUCUAUUGUCCAAUACAGAAGGUAUGUGAACAUUGUGAAAUUUGUGAAAGGGAAUAACGCUACAGAAGAAUAUGCUAAUACAAUAAGAUAGAGAGAAGGUAGAAAAUACGGUGGGCAUGGCAUAUACAGACGACUGUCCGACUGCAGGUAUUUUAGAGGGUGAUGAUUUUCUCUUUUUCAUCUGCAAAAAUACUGUUAAUAACGAUCCCAAAUCUCGGAGAAGAGGCACUUACGGUCAAAUUCUUGGAAGGGUUCGAGAGCGUACCCACAGCAAGGCGUGUUGGGGUUGUCAAUAUGCCUCUUCAGGGCGUCGCGCCGGCUGAAGUUCCUCAUACAACCCCC